GUGAAAGCAGCACUAACGUGUUGUGGGGUGUUUGGGUGAUCUGCAUGGUUUGUUCCAGAGAUGUCAGCCAGACGGGCUCUGGUGGGCUGUUCGGUGCUGGCCCUGCAGGACAGCUGCGUGUUCUACCCCUGCUGCAGGGACUGCUGCUCCAGGAUCGAUGCGGAUCUACAGGACCACAACAGAUUCCGGUGCUCCAGGUGUGGAUACCGGUGUGUGAGGGACCAGGUGGGUUACAGGUACCGCAUCUCCCUCAAGGUGACCCGGGACUCAGCCAUAUUUGGUGUAACAGUAUUUGGAAACAGCUUGAACCAGUUCUUUGGCAUUCCUGCAAAGGGUUUACAGAGGUUAGUGGAUUCAGACCAACCCACUGAGCAAACGCUAAGAUCUAAAUUAUUAGUGAAGGCUGUCGAGGACUGUUUCAUCGGCAGGCAUUUCAUCUUUGGUAUAAAGUUAAGUGGAUCGGGAAGUGGGCCCUUGUUUCAGUUGCCUGUUUCAAAAGGCGGACGGACCGAGCAGUUUGUUGCCAGUCAAAUGAUUCUCCCGACAGCCAGGGGCCUGACGGGCUGCACAGUGGUGAGUUAUUAUCAGACUCUUCUUCAGAAGGCUUCAGAAGACGAAGCAGGCUCUGCUGAUCCCAGCAAAAGCUCCAGACUUCCUGGGACAACCCUGCAACACAUUCCUGGCCAUUCCCCAACCUGCAGCUUCAGCACUUCCGCCCCGUGUGGCUGGAGUCCACUUUCCCAACCACUGCUCAGAUCAGCAGAACACCAGGACUGCAGCCUCUCUGCCACCCCUCCCUGGCAACAAUCCCUGGGACUAGUGACUUCAUCAGCAGAGACGGAGGGGGGAGGCAGAACUCAGGACAGAGAACACGAGAGCAGCAGACACACCGACAUCAGCGCAACACCCCCACCUGCUCAGAGAGGCUGCACGGAUAACCACAAAGUAAUAGAAGAGGGAACUUCCCUUCUCUCUUUUGAGCCCAGUUUUUACACCAGUCCAUCAUUUGAUCGAUGUCCAAACUCUACUGAAAAGCUUAUUGGAAACGGUCUCGGUGUGAACACUUGGUUUGGUCCCGCUGAACCUGAUCGCAGAAGAUACAGCCACAAACCCAAAGAGAUUUCCUCUGAGGAGCACACAAGGACAUUGUUGUCCAGCUCAUUGGCUUGGGAUGAUUUGCCUUUCUCUGAGAGUCUUUCUGAAUUUUUAUGUGAAGAAAAAACAGAUUUUGAUUCUGUUGGCCAAACCAAACCAAAUCUAACUAAACAGUCUCAAAAACGAACAUCAGGAACUUUGUUGGAAGUCAAAAACCUUGCGGCUGAAUCACCUUCUGCUUGUCAGACAAAUUCAAGCCAUUCAGCGACGUCACUGGGUGUUACUAAUGCACCUGCACCGGUCGGAGAUGGUUGCAUUGAUUUAUUUAAUCAAGUACGCGACAGUCGUUUUAAAUCCACGAGGAGGAGUGAAGCCAAAAAUAUUUAUUCCUGUGAGUUCAGUCAAGAGGAUGACAAAGUUUAUCUGUCCUUUGAAAACAAAGAAGAGCAUCUUGAAGAGGACAUGUAUGACUGCUCUGCUGACUUAUUCACCAGCUCCCCCACGAAUAACAACACAGAAAUGUUCAACACACCCACAGAAACACAAAAGACAAAGACAAAAGCUUGCUCACCUUUUUCUAAAGCCGACAGGCAGCAUCUAAGGAAUGAACAUGCAGAUGCCACAUAUUUCACGCCUCACAAACCCAAUCUAAAGAGAAAACUAUACAAUUACAGAAGGAGUUUAAUUACACAAGAAGCACCAGAUUUAGACUUUGUCCCUCCUUCUCAGUCCACACCAAUUGUGAAAGUCGGCGUUGCGACACAGUCACCUGCGUCCUCGCGCAGAUACUUUACAGGUGAGUCUAUGAAAGAAAACUUAGCAUGGAGUGUGAAACCCAACAGAUGUGGAAACAGACCUACUCCUGACAGGAGGCUUAGGAAAACCCAUCUUCAGGUUGAGCAUCAUCUCAGGCUGCAGAGAAGAACCCUGGAUCUGGCGUCGACAAGAACAACGCUCUAUAAAUGUGACUCGGGAGUUAGUGAUGCAACGGUUGAGCAGGAGGACAACGAAGCGGUUGUCGCCCCUACUCCUCUGUCAUAUCAGACUGAUAUCACCAACAGGGAUUUGGGUUCCUCGUGGAGAGCGUGUCAGGGAGAUGGACUUUAUCGUAAAGGACCUCUCUUGGAUCAGACUCUCGCAUCACGCAGAAGUCUGGCAUGGACAGGAAAUACUGGCAGUGAGGGGUUUACUGAGGGGAGCCUUGGUAGAUCUAAUGAUUCCCACCUCGCUGACGAGAACCAGACGUCUGACUGGUCUAGAGAUCUUUUCUCUGACUCAAUCUGA